UAACUAGGGCUUUUCUUUUCUUCAUUUUUUUUCUCAACACCAAGCCAAGCCAAGCCCAGCUACCAGAGCCAAAAAAAAAUGUGGAGAAGAAGUAGCAGCACUACUAUUUCUUUGAUCAACCACGGCGCAAGAGCCUUCCACCACCACCUCUCCUCCUUGUCGGCUACCACCACUCCCAGAACCCUCCUUUCCUCCUCUAAUUCUCCCUUGUUUCACCCUCCGUCUUCUCACUUAGCCCAUAACAACCGCCUCUCCGUCCGCUUCCUCCGCACCGGCCGCGACCCCUUCACCAGUUAUGAGAUAACGGCGCCUGUGAAUUGGGGGAUACGGAUUGUGCCGGAGAAGAAGGCGUUUGUGAUAGAGAGAUUUGGAAAGUAUUUGAAGACGCUGCCAUCUGGAAUUCAUUUCUUGAUUCCUUUUGUGGACCGAAUUGCUUAUGUUCAUUCUUUGAAGGAAGAGGCUAUUCAGAUUCCUGAUCAGUCUGCUAUUACCAAAGACAAUGUCAGCAUUCUCAUCGAUGGCGUCCUCUAUGUCAAGAUUGUGGACCCUAAACUUGCCUCUUAUGGUGUUGAGAAUCCCAUCUAUGCUGUUGUUCAACUUGCCCAGACCGCUAUGCGUAGUGAGCUUGGUAAGAUUACUCUCGACAAGACCUUUGAAGAAAGAGACACUCUCAAUGAAAAGAUUGUGGAGGCCAUUAAUGUGGCUGCAACGGACUGGGGUCUCCGGUGCCUUCGCUAUGAAAUAAGGGAUAUAUCUCCUCCACGUGGAGUAAAGCAAGCUAUGGAGAUGCAAGCCGAAGCAGAACGUAGAAAGAGAGCUCAAAUUCUCGACUCUGAAGGAAAGAGACAGGCCGACAUUAAUAUUGCUGAUGGUCACAAGAGUGCUGAGAUCUUGGCAUCACAAGGAGAGAAACAAGCUAUCAUUAACAAAGCACAAGGUGAAGCUGAAGCCAUUCUUGCUAAAGCACAAGCAACAGCCAAAGGAAUUGCCAUCGUGUCAGAGUAUAUUAAAAAGAGUGGGGGAGUUGAGGCAGCUAGUUUGAAAAUUGCUGAGCAAUAUGUGGGAGCUUUUGGUAACAUUGCCAAAGAGGGAACAACGAUACUGCUUCCCAGCGCUACUGGCAAUCCUGCCAAUAUUAUGGCUCAAGCUUUCACUAUGUACAAGAGCCUGCUUGGUAAUGUUUCCAAUGGUGGUCGUAAUGGGUCUUCUUCAUUAGCAGAAAGCACAUCUGCUGAAUCCGGGGAUUCUACCACAGUUUUAGAGGACAAUGCUUCCUCCUUUGCAAUCAAAUCCACGGGUGAGAGUGCUAGAGAUAAUGGCGAACCAGGAUUUUCACUUCAGAGCCGCAAAAAGGGGAAAGCUGAAUAGAGUUUUAAGGAAUAUUAAGGGAGGAUAGAGUUGAUUCUGCCAAACAAAUCCAAAAAAGGAACCACCGCCAGCCAUGGUUUUUUUCUUUUUUACCAGUUGUAUGACUAAUUAAAGUCCGAUUCCAAGUUUAGUGUUUGAAAGAGAGAAGUUGAACAUAGGCCACUCUUAGUAAUUUGGGGGGAAUUACUGAAAACAUUCAGUUUGUUCUUUUAUUUGCUCUAUUGUCAUGGUUUUCUCACAUUACCAACUUCAAAUGGACGGAGAGUUAUGCUAACAAAUUUAUAUGGCAAGAACAGGAACCGUUGAGGUUAUUUUGCA